UAAAAACAGCUAAAUUUGGGUAAUAAGGUCAUUAUGAUGCGUUUCUUCAUAGAGUAAACAACGUUAUUUACUCUAUGGUUUCUUACACUUAUAUCGCAAAGGGUUAUUUUAAAACAUUGAUAGUAGCGAUUUUUUAAUCCGCGCGUGUCAAAUAUUGUGUGUAGUCAAUGAGCAAACUGGCUUUUGCAAUUUCAUCUGUUUAUUCAAAUUCAUCACUUCUCUUGAAAGGUACUUACUUUUGAUGGGGAGAUUUAUAUCGUACAUACUUUUACACCUAUUAAUCGUGUGCGCCGAUACAGAGGGAAGCGUGACAAAUGGCGAGAAGACAGGAUCUAAACCAACCAUUUAUGAGACUGUAGAUUCCGUUGUCAGCUGCUCGGUUUGCCAAAUGCUGGUUGGUAUGGUUCACGCAGCUGCGAAAUCAAACCUGCCUUUGUUCCUUGCGGAACUUCAAUUUGUAGCCAUUUGUAAAUUUGUGCAAAACUCAGAGGUAUGCAAAGGGAUCUUUGAUACAUUUAUACCCCACGUGUUACCGGCUUUCAAGCAAGUUCAAAUAGGACCAGAAGAAAUUUGCAGUAUGCUUAUCGAAGAAUGUCCGCAAAUCACUAUACCUUCGCAUGAGUGGACAGUUAAACUGCCGAACGUAUCUAAGUCACUACCGCAAAAGCGCCAUACUUUCCAGAAGAGUAGUAAACCCAUUAAAGUGUUACAAAUAAAUGACAUUCACCUGGAUCUAGAGUAUGCUGUUGGGAGUGUAAGUAAUUGCGGUGAGCCACACUGUUGCCGCAACUUUUCAACUGAAAGCAUUUUUGCAACAAAAAUUCCAGCGGGAAGAUGGGGAGAUUAUCGAUGUGAUAUACCGCUGGAAACGUUAGAAUACUUCCUUGAAUCUAUUGCAAAACAACAUCCGGAUAUCGCCUACAUUAUGUGGUUGGGUGAUAUUGUGCCUCGUGAUAUUUGGAGGCAAACAAAAUUGAGACAGAUAGUUCCGCAUAGGCGAGGAAUUUCUGUUUUGAAGCGUAUUUUCCCAAACAUGUUGAUCUUACCAACCAUUGGAAACCAUGAUACCGCACCAGAUGGAUGCUAUCCCCCACCAUGGGUAAGUGACCCUAAAUUUUCUAUUUCGUGGUUAUCUAAGAAACUGGUGAAAUUUUGGAUGGAUUGGAUACCUUCGUCACAAAAACGAAACGUGUUGCAUGGCGCAUACUACAGCAUCCAUCCCCGGCCUGGUCUCAGGGUACUCUCUUUGAAUACCAAUUAUUGUCACUGUCGGAAUUGGUGGCUUUACAUAAACAGUAUUGAUCCAGCCGAACAACUCGAAUGGUUAGUAAAUGAGCUGCAUAAGGCGGAGAUAAGUGGAGAAAGAGUACACAUUAUAGGUCACAUGCCACCCGGAGAUAAGGAUUGCUUACGAGUGUGGUCGAGGAACUACUAUGACAUUGUAACCAGAUACGAAAAUAUUAUUACAGCCCAGUUCUUCGGUCACACUCAUACUGAUGGAUUUCAAGUAUUCUACGACAGCAAAAAUCACAGUCGCCCGGUGAAUGUAGCGUACAUUGGAUCAUCCGUAACGCCCUCUGAUAACGUAAACCCAAGUUACAGGAUCUAUUACUUUGAUGGUGGCGAUAGUGGCAGCUCAUGGAAAGUAAUGGAUUACGAAACUUGGACCCUCGAUUUGGAUAAGGCGAAUAGGAAUCCACAACACUCUCCAGAGGUAUUCAAGCUGUAUUCGGCGAAAGAGGCUUACGGCCUGGAAAACUUAGAUCCUACGGAAUGGAGCAAUUUAAUUUAUCGAAUGCAAGAGGAUCCUGAACUUUUCGAGAAGUUCUAUAGGAACCAUUUCACAGAUAGUCCAAUGCGCGAAACUUACGACGCAAGAGACAAAAUGCGACUAUUAUGCGAGUUAAAAUCAGCAAAAAGUAGAGUCGGUUAUUUAUGAGUUUUGUGACGAUCUCGCUACAUAAGUAUGUAGAUUAGGUAUAAGUGGAAAAUUUACGUUAAUAGGAAAUUAAAUUAUUACUCGAUAUAAUAUCUUGCAAGGCCAACUUGGCUAAUAGCCGAACCAGAAUAAAACAUCACAAAUAAAUUUAUUUGCACUA